ACGGGAGGUGUUUGCUGUACUUGUGCUGGCAGCACACUUUGCACCGAGCCGUGGAGGGAACAGGAAAACACAGCAGCACAAGGCCAAGUUAAUUUCUAUCCACCCGAAAGCUACAACCCAACGACCGAUAUGGCAAACAGGGGUCCAGCGUACGGCCUGAGCCGUGAGGUUCAGAGCAAGAUUGACAAGAAGUACGACCCGGAACUGGAGGAGAGGCUGGUGAAGUGGAUUAUUGCCCAGUGUGGCCCUGGUGUUAAAGAGCCCGAGAAAGACAAGGCUGGCUUCCAAAAGUGGCUCAAGGAUGGAUGUGUACUGUGUGAGCUCAUCAACAGCCUGUAUGGAGCCAACAAACCCAUUAAGGCCAUUAAAACCUCCGGUAUGGCCUUCAAGCAGAUGGAGCAAAUCUCCAUGUUCCUUAAAGCCGCAGAAAGCUACGGAGUCAUCAAAACGGACAUGUUCCAGACUGUAGAUCUUUAUGAAAGCAAAGACCUGGCUGCUGUCCAGAGGACCCUGCUGUCCCUGGGUAGUUUGGCUGUCACCAAGAAUGAUGGAAAUUACAAAGGAGAUCCUAACUGGUUCCCCAAGAAGUCACAGGAAAACAAGAGAGAUUUUUCAGAGGACCAGCUGAACGAAGGCAGAAACGUCAUCGGCCUGCAGAUGGGCACAAAUCGAGGAGCGUCUCAAGCUGGUAUGACGGGCUACGGACUGCCGAGGCAGAUCAUCAACAACCCCUGAAGCAGGGCGGGUCUUAUGUGCCCCUCAGAGGUCCUACGAGGAGGGACAGAGAAGCUAUGACUCUGACUUUGGCCAUGAGGAGAAAACUGACCUUACUGGUCAAGAAAAACUGGACCAAAUUAGGAGCCAAAGAGAACCUGAGCACAUAUUACAUUGAGACCUUAAGCUGAUUUCUAAAGCUUGGUACAUUGUAGAUUUAUAGCUACCCCUCUGCCUGUCUCUUGUCAAUUACAUUUUUAAAUCGAUUAUGUUUCAUUCACAACCCGAGAAGGAGUAUGUUAAAUUUCUGAAAUCGGGUUUCUGUGGGAAAGUUAUGGACAAAUCUCGUCUUGCCUGUAAUGGGUAAUGCUCUUCAUCUGAUUAGUUUCCAUGGAGGCUAAUGCUAACUGCUAGUCAGAGUGGGCCCAAUAUUAAUGGAGAGAUGCCAUCUUAAAGUGGCUCCAAUCUCAAAUCUGCUUCCAUGUGAAUGCUGUUUUGUAAAUCUUCAAACUAGAAUCACAUUUGCAUUAGAUUAAUUUACACAGAAGUUGUUUUUUAUUAUUAUUUACAAUGAGUUAGUGGUAUGUUACAAUAACAGAUGUAUCCUGUCAUUUACAAAAUUAUCGUUGUGUAAUAAGUAUAACUUGAUCUAAAGUCUGACCUUUAGGUGGUUGUAAAAUUGCUUGGCCACUGUGCAUUUGACAUGUCAACGUUUUUAGAACCAUAAGCUUCUAUGUAAAUCAAGUCUAAUGCAAGCAUGAUGGUGGUUUAAAGGUUUCUAAAAUAGCUUUUGCAUUACCUGCCGAGACUGGAGUUAUUUGAAGAUGGCAUCAAUCCUCUUUGAUUUUGGCCCAAUCUGGAUUGACCCACUGAGAAAUGGAGAAAUACUUCCUACCGGUAAGACAUUGACGGCUCAUAACCUCUCCACAAAAACCGAAUGCAAACAUUUACGGUUGAUUUAUUUUUCAGUGUGGCUGGAAAACAUGUCAAGCAACAAUCAAUUCUCUGUUCUCCUCUCUGAUGUUUCACUAUUGUAACCAGGACACAACUCUCUUUUAAAAAAACAAUAAAACUUCACCAGGUGGUGCAUUCAAGGACA